GAAUAUCCAAGCCUCGGUGCAUCACUCCAGCUUGGUUACGUCACGGUAGUUCAGUUGUGUAUCGAGACCCUGGUGCGCAAUGCUGUCUGACCUGUGCAUCAAAGGACGGUCAUGGCGUUUAAGAGAUGGCCUGCUGCUGGAGCGGAGCUUGCGUCUUCGGCCCAGCUGGACUCCCAAUGGAGGCUGGAGGGAACCAGAAGAACGAAUGGCAGAAGAGCCGCAAAAUAGGCCAUGGGAAAUUAGUCGUUCGAAAAUCCGAGAGACAUCUGAACUCGAGGAACGUGACUCCUUUGGCGGCCCAUCCGAUGCAGAGGCUGCCGGCAGAGAUGUUUCUAGUCUGGAAACCUUUGUGGAUAGGUCUCUUAGUGGAGGGGGUGUCCAGAGAAGCAAUGAAAAAGUUGAUGAAGGUACCCAGACAGUAGACAAUUCAUCAGAAGAAGGCGUAACAUCAGGAGCACCACAUGCAGGGGCAUUGAAAGCAGGUCCUGAUGAUAUCCACCCACAUGUUGUCAGGAAAUCAGCCUCUGUUAUCUCUGAUAUUUCUUUUCCUAAGAGUUCAGGUUACUGCUUCUACAAGGUCCAAAAGAAUGCACGUGCAGCUGCUGAUGUGGACUAUCCAGCGUAUGGAGUGACAGGGCCGAACAAAGAAGGGGCUUCUCCGACAGCUGAUCGCAAGUUAGCCCAAAGUGCCCAGAUGUAUCACUUUCAGCACCAGAAGCAGCAGAUGAUUGCUGUUGAGAAGAACCAUACUAAUCGACACACCUCAGCAUCAGAUGUGGAUACUGAGGAGGAAGAAAAUGAGGAAGGGGAUUACACAGUCUACGAGUGUCCCGGCAUGGCCUCGGGUGGGGAACUGGAAGUCAAAAACCCACUGUUCCAAGAUGAUCAUCCUAUUGUGCUGGCCACACCCGAAGAUAUGAGCAAGACAUCUGACGAUGAGAGAAAGAAGCGUUCACCCUAAAGAAAGAAAGCAAAAAAAAAUGUGCGUGCCGCAUCCUCCUCUGGCACGCUGACACUAUGUGGUGUCUACCAGGCCACCUGUGGGCUUCUUUACCUGAAACACAUUUUCUUGAAGGGCGUAAAACAAGUUGGCUCCUAUUAUAUAUACUUUUUUUUAUUAUUUUUGUGUUUGUAGAAGGCAUUGUGUGCAAAGUUGUCUCUGAGUUAGGGGAAAACAAUGUUGGUUUGGCACAUGCUCCUUAUGAAGAGCUUAAACAGCUUUGUGUGUAUAUUUAGUAAACUUUGUCCAAACCAGCCAGCACUGUAGUGAUAUCGCAUGCACGGUAAGCGUUGCCAAAUCUUUUUACAUAACAGUCUCUUUUAUAUGCUUUCAUAAUUUACCAAGCCUACAAAUUUUAGAAACAUGUGCCUAGAAUUUUGGGGGGAUUCUACGAUAAAAUAUACACUACUAGAUCUUCUGUUCAUAAGCUGCUAGAAGUAUAUAUGACAGAUAAAUGAUAGUGACUACAAACCUGAAAAGUAAGCGUAUUGGCUGUUCACACAAUCGAGGGACUAAAGUCACAGUAGUGGAUGCUGGAAGUGCACAUAGUGUGCUGACAGUGUGUACUUGUUUUAAUAUGGGUUAUUAAACUUGUGAAUUUUUCCAAAGUUUUUUUUUUUCUCCUGCCUUUGACAUUGUUUACAAUCACUUCAGUUUUACAUUUGCACUUGGCUUUUGCAGGUCAUACUUUUUUUAAAAGUAAAAGUAUACAGUAUGGUUAAUGGCAAAAGAAGGUAGUUGUUGAUACUGGGUGAAUGUUUAACAGCAUUUGCUUGCUUUCUGCCUACUGAUGCCAUAGGCACAUUUGAAAAGCCCUUGAGCUUUACGAGUUUCACAAUUACUUCUCUCUGUUUUUGUCCCAGCAUUUAUUUAUCUGUUAUAUUUUCUUUUCUAAGACAUAUGAAAAGGAAAAAUUGCUGUUCUUUUGUUUGCUGUUAUUUAUGUAUGUUCUUAAUGUUUCUUCAUGUUUAUGGCAAUACAUUCCUUUUUGAAAAUUUGGUCAGCACAUGCCUUUGCCCCUUUUUUCCCCCAAUAGUUGUUAAGAGAGCCCUACUGGGUGUAUAUUCUACAUCGUUGAACGUAGCUUAGCUCUCAGAGGGAAAUAUUUUCCCUAUGGGGUGUUGAAGAAGAAAAACAGAGUUUAAUUUUCACCCUACCAGUCAAACUUCUGUGAUGUGCUGUGUCCCACACGUCCUCACUGUUUUUCUCAAGUGCAUGGUUGUUUUUUGCCAGUUUUAAAAGUUUCCCCCAGUAUAGCUGGAACCAGCUCUGAGUGCAUUCGAGCAGAUGUGAUGAAUAUGCUGUUCUUAUCGGGGCCAGAAGUUGGCCUUUGUAUUGUGCUGUAAUAAUUUGAUGUUACUGCGUGAUCCAUGGGUGGUUGAAAAGGUACACUGUUGACUGGAAGCAUUCUAGUCAUAAGUAUUGUCUUUCCAUAUAUUUUACUGUUUUAUUUUUUUCCUCCAAGACUUGUCCUUCACAUUUGUAGAUGGUGAAAAGGGGCACAGUUUUGCAGACUUUGUGAAACUUGGGCAGUACAUCUGUCCGAAAGAAAAAGCGAGUCUUCUAGCUACCUUGGUGUCUCACCAUGGGAAUCUUGCGGCCAAUUUUUAGCUCCGCAGUGGCUAAUAAGAAAGAAUGUUGGUACCUUCGCUACGUUCCACUUUUGAUAAAAUGGACCGUGGAUACUUUGGGACAAUAGCCUUCAACUUGUACCAUGCUUUUGGUUGCAGGUGUUGCGUAAUUGAAUGCUUCUGCAAUCUCUAAUUUUGAGGUGGUCAUGACUAAACGUUCAGGGCUGGUAACAGUGUUAGGGAAACUCGCAUUGUUGCGGCUUGGAGGCCACAAUGAUACACACGCCCCUUUGGAAAAUAAGCUUGCUCAUUGUGAAAGCCUCAAAGCAUUAACAGAGCCACAUUCAAAAGUUCGCUACUUUAGUCACACAUUGUGGCUCUGUUAUGUGCAACACAAGAAUAUGUGCAUAGUGCUGCAGUCACAAGUUUGAUCUACUGCAAACUCCUCUAUGUGCACCAGCACGCUGCACACAUUUUUCAUCCUGUGGCUUGAAGCUUGAGAGGAACAAGCAAGCCUUGCCAACCAAACAAUCAGCUUUCAUGCAGCAUGAGUCCAACUUUUUUGUGGUUUUACAUGAGUGCGCACUAAUCAUUCUGCUUGCUGUGAGCACUGUCUGCUGCAUCCGUCUAGUCACACUCUUGGUGUUUCAACACCUUGCUGUUUGUCAUGCAAAUUUAUCUCGGUGUUCACUCAAUGCAAUGUUUAAACCGCAAAGUGGGUGACAAUCUAUUUUGAGUGUAUGUUUUUGUGUCCAAGACUGGUACAGUUGAUUGGAAAAGACUGGUGAAUCACCCAUUUUCGUGAUAUAGUCCAAAGCAUUGCAGUGUCAGGUAGUCUCAGAACUUACCCAUGGCACUGUAUUAGUUCAGUUUGUGUUUUUAGACAAUAUUAUUUCGAGUCAUUAAGCCCUCUCUCUCUCAACUCCUCCCCUCCCCCUCGUUUUUUUUUUGCUGUUUUUCUUUUAUAGCUGCUUGUUUAAACCAAUUUUUUUUAAGGUAUGUUGCUUUCUUUUCUUGUCUAGCAUGAGCAUGGAUGGUGGAUUAUCACUGGCAUGGGCAUACUGUCCACGCUAGGUAGAGCUCUCUCUUCUGGUUCAUUCCUUCGUGUCCUGCAGGUAUACUGCAAGCGUUCUGUUCACUAGUCAUAUUUUUCUUUGUGGCAUGUUGCCAUAGAAGAAAUUGGGUGGGGGCUGUUUUGUGUUUACUGGCUUUUCCGAGCAGACGGCAGAAUUUCUUGCAGUUUUACUACUUUACAGGUUAUGAGGCAGGUUAUACAUUCCUGGUUGAACGGGAAACAACUGCUAAAAGCUCAGCAGAGAACUGUUCACUUAUGGUGUUCUUUUGUCUAGUACUUUCUUUGGAUGUUUUCAACAAGAACCGACAAGUGUUACAUUUUCGAUGACUGCUGUUUUUGCUUAGUCUGAGCAGGAAAGCUUGCGGUUUUCUUGCACCAGUUUAGUAGUGUAAUGCCAUCAUCGGAAUGUUGCGCCUCUGGCUAUGGAGAUGGUGGCUUGCCCCCACUAACAUACAGCUUGUGUUGCUUUAUUCCUGUCUGGUUAAUUUAUGGAGGAUGCACUGCAACAUGGCUUUAUGCAUCCUACAUGGUGAGAUACCGUCACUCUUUCUCUAUUGUCAGUGAAGAAACAAAGGCUUGUGACAUACUGCUGUGACCUACCUACUUAUUAUUCUUAAUUGCAACUUGUGCUGCACCCAGGCAGAGCAUUUGCAGAUGACAUCAUAUCCUUGUAUGUUUGCAUGAGUGCUUUGAUUAAAAUGAUUGGGGCAUCCGUGUGCGCAUCAAACUCUUAUUGAUUGUGGCAUUUAUUUUCAGUUAGCUGCAAAUACAAGGCUGUACGCCAUUUUGAGUGCUGGUAAAGAAUCCUCCACAAUGACAAAAGCAUUAGAAUAUCGAUCCAAGUGAAAUGUGGCCUUGUUUUUUUUGGAAGUUUCAUAAUUGUACUGUUCGUAGAUUAUUUUUUUAAUAUACCUGUUGUGGUUGUUGUAAAAAAGGACCUAGAGGGUAUUUUCUUUCUUGGUUUUAUUUUUUUGGUUUUGGAAAAUCUUAAAUAAGCCUUAAAAGGCUAUCAUUCAAAUGUGCAUAUAGAGAGAUGUAUUCUAUGCAUUUAUUGGUGUAAUUUUCUCGGCAUUUGUGUAUGCAUGCCUCAUCAAAUUUUUACUGAUCUUUCAUGUUUUGCUUCAUUUGUUGCUGUACUAGCUGUAUUGCAUGAUAGCAUAAAGUUCUGUGUAAGGGUAAGGUUUCAGCAUGUCUACCAUUCAGGCCUAUGAGGAGAAAAAAAAAAUGAUGAGAACUUGACCCUCCCAUGAGAACACAAUGUCUUGUCUACCUGAAUAUUACUAAAGAAGGUAUGCAUUGUUGUCAUUGCUGGAACUUGCUCGUUUGCCAUGGUUGUUGCUUUGUGCUAUUAAAGAAACUUAUAUUGUCAAAAGAUGUAUAUUAGAUUGUGAUAUUGCAUGUAGUAUAUGGGGGCUUCAAGCAGUUGCCAAGUUUUUUUUUUCUGCAUUUGCUGGAUCAUAAGAGUAACUUGUGUUUCAAUGGCUCUACAGCUUCAAAAGCUCUAAUGUAUUCACUGCAAAGUAAAAGAGGAUUGUAUUGUUUAUGUAUGCAUUGAUAAUUGUGGUCAAAGAGGCUAACAAAGACAUGUGUAGCCACUGAGCCUUUGAAAUUCAUGAAAUGUAGUUAAAAGUGACCUAAGAAGGUGACAUUCUUAGAUUAAUUUAAAUAAUCUGUGUUCUGCAAAAGUUGAAGAAAUGUGCACAACAAGCUGUCCGUUAUUUCUUGGUAGCUUCAUGAAGGGGCCUCCACUAACAUGCAGUAUUUAUUCGAGUAUUGUUUUUUAGGUCUUGUCCAAG